AUGGAUACGUCAUCCGAUUGGGCAGCAUCAGCUCUAUUCUCGCCGUCCAAAGCACGCGUGCAACAAGCCCAAGCAAAAGAUUGGGCAGCGGUAGAUGCAUGGCUCGCCAAACGAUAUGGUGCCAAACGACCACCAGCAUUCGAAAAGAACGAAGAUACCCUCCAAGCUCUCCUGACCCUCGCAAGCCUAAACGAUAGCGCCGACGAACAACGCGCGCAACUCGACCGCAUCGAGAAAACAACCCUCUCCUCCCUCUCCAAGAAACCCACUGGCCUAGCCCAAGAUAUCCUCCAAACCAUCCUCGCCCAACUCAGCAACGAUGAAAGCCUCGAGACCUAUGCCGAGCUAAUCGUCGCGUUGGAAAGCAGAUCCACCGACGCCCUCGAAAUCGGCAAGGACAUCAUCGCACUCACAAACGAGGACUUCGAUGCGAAACAGCAACUUAUCCGAGCCAAUGCCCAACUCGCCGCACUCCGCGGCGAACGCUCCCAUCUCGCUAAGACCCUCGAGCAGCUCCGCGGCGAAGCCUUCCAGACUCCCUCCGAUAUGAUUGAUAAUACGAAUUCCUGGAAUGCAUCCGCGAAGAAAUUGAAGGCGAAAAUCGGGGAGUAUGAUGAGCGAUUGGCGGCGAGUGGGAGUCGGACUAAUGCGAAUUCGAGAACGGGGAGCAACGGGUUGGAAAUGGUGCAGAGUUUGACGGCGGAGAAUGAGCGGCAGAAGGCAAACCUUGAGAAAUUGGAGGCGCAGCUGGAGGCACUACAGGAGCUCCCACCUGAUGUUAAGGCGGCGAGAGGGAUCGUUGAGAGGGCGAGGGAGGAGCUGAGGGGGUUGACGGAGAGGAGGGAUCACAGAUUUGAAGAAUUGGCGAAGGCUUGA